GAUAGUUGGAGAAGCCCAAAAUCAAACUCUUCGUUCUCUCUCUCUCUCUCCAACUUCUGCACACCUAUAAAUUCCUUCUGCUUUCUUCCCAAAUUUCGCUUUUAAAAUUUUCGCUGAUUUUUUUGAUAUCGAAUUUCAAAUUUCUAGUGGCAGAAGCUCGCUUGCUCGAGCAUUUUCUCUUCUAUGGAAAUACUCAUCUUUCUACCAUGCUGCGCCUACACUGAUUAAACCUAGUCUUAGUGAUGGAAUUAAUGAUGCUGUUACGAAGUCUGAAACCUGGUCUGGUUCACCUUAUACUUCCAUAGUUGCAACUUCCGUUCGGAACAUUUGGAAAAAAAAAACAUCUGUUUAGCUGAUGGCAGAAGAAGGUCACAGAGUCACUUUGAAUAUCUAUGACUUGAGUCAGGGACUUGCUCGACAGCUUUCUACCACAUUUCUUGGGAAAGCCAUAGAAGCUAUCUGGCAUACUGGAGUUGUAGUUUAUGGUAAUGAGUACUACUUUGGAGGAGGAAUACAACAAUCCCCUGCUGGAUCAACGCCAUAUGGGACGCCAAUGCGAAUUGUAGAAUUGGGGAUCACUCAUGUUCCUCAAGAUGUGUUUGAAAGUUACCUGGAGGAAAUCAGUCCUCGAUACACUGCGGAAACUUACAGCUUACUCAACCACAAUUGCAACAACUUCAGCAAUGAGAUAGCCCAAUUUCUUGUUGGAACUUCCAUUCCAGAUUAUAUUAUCGAGCUUCCAAAUGAAGUUAUAAGCAGCCCCAUGGGUGCUAUGAUGUUGCCCAUGAUCCAGCAACUGGAGGCAACACUUAGAGCAGGGGCGGUGCCUCAAGCUCCUCAGUUCAGACCAUCUUCAUUAGGGAAGCCUGCAACAAGUGUUAAUGACGACCGAGUGAAGUCUGCAAAUACGACUUCUGAAGCCUCCGAGAGUAAGGACCAAUCCAAGAAAAAAGAGGUCGAAGCAAACACAUCUCAGAAGAGUCUAGGCAAGGUUGUGCCUCCUGCUGUUGAGCCUAAGGGAGCACGAGCGACAUCCGCUGCUCCAGCAGACCCUCUUGGUAAUGCCAGAGAUAAGGUGCAAGAGGAGAUCACCAGGGAAUUUGCUGCUCUUAUGGCAACAGGGACUUUGAGGGCAAGCGAGGCUGCUGCUCUGGCUACCCGUAAAGUCAUGGAGAGAUACGGAAAAAUGAAUGUUGCGAUGUCCUAGGACUAUUCCUCAACUAGCAUUCUUUUAGAAAAAGAAAAAUCAAACUUAAUCUGUAUGAUAAUAUCCUUUAGCUUUUUUUUUUUUGUUAGGCGUAGCAUCUGUUUGAUUUUGUCCUACAAUGGUUCUGACACUUUUGAUAUUGGUUAUCCUUUAUGAUAUAGUCGACUAUAUCUUAUAAAAUUUGUGAACUUUAAUCGCAAAUUACUUUCACGUGUUUA